UCGAUAUUUAUUGAUGAGUUAAACGCUGUGUAAUAAGAACCAUUUCCGUUCUGAAUCGUCUCACUCUCACUUAUCCUAGUUAUGCUUUAGAGUUUAUUAAAAAAAUCACAGCGUCUGAUACUCCGUUGAUGAAAAUCACCUAUCAUCACAAUAACAUCAAUGAGCAACAUUGAUUGCAAAAUCCUGACAGUAACAGUAAUCUCUAGUAAUAUCGAUUUGUAUUCAAUAAUUCGUGACAUCUCACUCACACUGGCACGCAUAAAUACCAUCUUAGUUCAUAUAAUCAUUGGGUUGCCGAUUAUUUUCAGUUGUGCAAUAUGAUGAAUUUAUACUAUUUCAAAGUAAUAUGAGCCCCUGGUAUUCACAGCAAAUAAUAUAUAAAAGAAAACUUCUUAAUAGUUUAUUAGGCAAUUUGUUGUGCAAACUUGAAGCGUCAUCAUGUGGUCGCUUUUCAUCAGUUUCUGUCUCGGUUUCAUCUUCUGCAAGGCUCUUCCCAGCUUGCGACAUCGGGCGUUUGCACGGUUCAUGUCGUAUUUCUACUCGACUGUUGAUCCGUCAUUUGUUGCGUUCAAGAAGAAGAUAUUUGGUGACAUCGUGAAGGAGAAGCCCCGGCGACCUGGCAGCUCAGAGCUCCGCAUCCUCGAAGUCGGCGUUGGCACAG